CGCCCUCGCACGUCGCUGCUGACAGCUCCGCCCCCCAUCAUGGCUGCGGCUCCUGUGUAGAGCGGAGCCGGGACAGGAGGGACCGCUCAGCCCGAGCUGCGGCCACAGUCACAGGCAGGUGGCAGAUCCAGAUCAACCUGGGUUCAGAAGAAGUGGGUUGAAUGAUGCUGGCCAUCAAGCUGAGGACAUCUAGUGGCUAAAAUAAGGCACUGCAAGGGGAAUUUCUACGUUUUGAAGGACCUCUGCUUUCCCGCAUUCCACUCUCUCCAAGCCCAUGGCGUCAGCAUCCUCAGUGCCUGUUGGAUUCCAUUAUGAAACUAAGUACGUUGUGCUCAGCUACCUGGGGUUCACCUCACAAGAGGGUACGAGGGAAGUGCCCCCCACAACUAGAUCUGACAUCCAGCAGCAUGCGCCCCCACUAUCUGCCAGAGAUGAUCUGGACAAAGUUAAGAUGGAGAUAGAAGAGGAGCUGAAAAGAUUGGAGGAGGAGAUAUCUGCAGCCUUCCCCAGCACUGGCUUUGACAUGCACACUUCCCCGGUGUUCAGUCCAGCUAGCCCUGAGAGCGCCAUUGAAGACUGUCUAGCACAGCUAGCAGAGAGGAUGUGUCGUGAGAUCCCGGAGCAAUUGGCCCAAGCCUACCAGAACCUCCUAAGCGGGAACUUAACUUCUGACCUGUUCAGGACGGAAGCAGAAGCCACAGCUCUGCACGCCACUGGAUGGAACAAGGUCUUGGUCCCUCUGGUCCUCUUACAGCGCCUCCUGCUGGAGCUCACAAGGCGCGGGGAUCGUCAGCUAAACAAUCUUGUACAACUUGGAGUAUCGUUUAUUGAGGAAAUGUGUUCUGACUACAUCAUUCAGCAGGGAGGAUGGGGCACAGUCUUCAGCCUGGACACUGAGGAAGACGAUGUUCCGGGGCUAAUAGUCGAGGACAGCAACGACAUCUACAUUCUUACCAGUGACCACUCUGAGCAGGUCAGCCCCCCUGAGAGCCUGGCCGUCUCCUCCUCCUGGCACACAGAGAGCCUUCCCACCUCCCUGGGGCCUGAGUCCUGGCAGCAGGUGGCGAUGGAUCCUGAGGAGCUGAAGAGCCUGGACAGCAAUGGCGGGGCCGAGGAGCGCAGCGAGAACAACUCGUCAAACUCUGACAUUGUCCAUGUGGAGAAGGAGGAGAUUGCGGAAGUCAUCGAGGAGGCUGCUGUGGUGGAACAGAGACUGGAGCAACAAGAAGCUGAGGCGAGGGAAAUACUGGAUGCCCCUGCAGCAGUGGCAAUAGCUCAUGCUGCAACCCCUCCAACUGAAGAAGAAAUUCCCCCUCCUCCUGUAACACAACCAGAGCCCCCAAAAGUGGACAUAACCAUAAAGGGAGUUUCAGAAAAGGAGCCCCCGGCCACCCUGGAGGAAUCCAAAGAGGAGAUCCAGGUCACCCCUCCAUCAGAAGCAGAAAAAAUCGAAGCUGCCAUUUCCCCACUUCUGCCUCCACCCAAGAUAGAAGAGGAGAAACCCGUUUUCCUUCCUGAAGGAAAAUCCAUUCUGCUGUAUGGGGGAGCAGCAGCUGUGGCCAUUUUGGCAGUGGCCGUGGGUAUGGUGGUGGCGCUGAGAAAGAAGUAGCCUGGCCAGGUUAACAGAAGUUUUGCUUCUCCCUCUAAUAAAAGUCUGUGACCAGUAUCCCUUCUUGUAUGCCUACAAUGCUCGUUCCCCUGCCAGUACAAAGAUAAAAAGCGAAUUUCUUAUACAGCAAGGGGCUCCUCCGAAUUACACAAGACCUCCCUGCUAUCGGCAAUAAUCCCUCUGUUCACUGCACAGGCUUGCCUAUGGCUGCGACCAUCACUGCCAGGCCUCUUUUGUAUAAUUUCAGCACUGUGGCACAAAAACAUGGAUGCACAGUGGCUCAGUACUAUAUUGCUAGCGGCCAUCUUUAAAUACCAAAAAGUUGGAAGAAAAAAAUAGAGGGAAAGUCUUGGAUGGCCUGUGGCUUAGGUCUGAUUUUUAGGUACAGAAAGUUAUAGCCAGAGCUACAUGGGCGGGAAGGGGGACAGAUAUAAUACUAUUUUUGUACAAUGCCCACUUAUUCUGAAUAAAAAAAUAUUGUUAUUCUGUCUUUACAAGACUUGGCAGGAAUUUUAUUCCAUGCCAAAAAGCAGGUGGUGUUUGAACACCAAAAAAUAUAUAGUGGCAGAUUGUCACUAGAGGUAGUCAUCCUUGUUGCAACAAUGCAUUAAAUUUGAGGUGGAAGUCAUCCAACUUUUGAAGCGGAACUCCAGGCAAUGUCGACCCCCCCUCUCCAGCCACCCCCAGAUUUUUUUUUAUUUAUUUUUUAUAUAUAAGAAACAAACACAUUUUCAUACCCUUUUCUAGCGUUAUUUAGGCCGGCCUGGUGAGGUCUCAUGAGGGUUCCCCAUCAGCCAGCUGUGGUGGGCUUUCUUUCAAAACUAAACGGUGCCCAUGUUGGGACAUGUGGGUGCCACUAAGUUCUGGGGUACUGGAAGCCUAGCCUGUGUGAUGACAUGCCCCUAGUGGGUGUGUAAAUGACAGGCUGAGCUCGCAGGAGAUGGACCGAAUGACAUACUGUAUAAGUAAAGCUUGACAGGCUUUUUUUUUUCCAUGGCAGGGGUGGCUCAUGAAAUUAAAAGUUCCACUUUAAAAUUCCUGAAUGCCUGAGAUGAUUAUAAAAACGGCAAAUUAAUUUUGACCUUGGACCAGGUCCGAGACCCUGGGUAUACAAUUAUGCAAACAGCAAAAAAAACAAAAACGCACAAUUUGGGGCUACUGCAACGCACGUAAAAUCACGAAGAGGAAAAUAUGUCCCUGUGGGUAAAAUGUUCCACUUAUUGACCAAUAUCUGGGUUAGUAUAUAGUUUCAGUGGUGAUAUAGACACGUAGGUGAUGGGUGUUUUUUUUAUUGGUCUGUCCUGAUAAAGGGCAGCUCAGUGGAUUAGUGGUUACCAGCACUGUGGUCUUUGGUUCAAAUACCAAGCAGGGUAGUGUCUGCUUGGAGUCUCCCUGUGUUUGGGUUUCUUCCCACACUCCAAAGACGUACUGGCAUGUUUGGUUCCUGUCUAAAUUGGCCCUAGUAUGCAAGAAAGGGACUUUAGAUUUUAAGCUCCUUGAGGGUGCAGGGACUGAUGUGAAUGUGCAGUAUGUACAGUGCUACAUAAUUUAACACCACAAUAUAAAUGCUAGUAAAGAGUUAUAUUUCUAUGAUUCAUUUUCCUCUAUGUUUUCCUGCAGGUCGCUGCAGCCCCAAUUUUUUUUAUUCCUGCAGCUCACUAGAUACUAAGGGCACACUGGGAGUUGUAGUUCCCCAACACACAGAGCUGCAAAUCAAGCCAACCUUACCACAGGCCUUAGUUUAGCUUAGAAAGCCCAGAGUUUUGGGUUUUAUGGUGGAGAGGACAAGCAAGCCUCUAAUGUUAUUUUUUUUUUUCCUUGUCAAUCACAAGACAUGCUGACAAUCUUUAUAGACUUCCCCCCCCCCCCCCCCCCCAAUCCUCUUGAUGAAAUGUCUUGCACACCUUGGGAGAGAUGAGAGUUGCCAAUGUUCUGGAAAAGUUUGCUGCAAAGAUCUCUAUUUUGUUUUUAACAAGAGAAAACACUUAUUUUAUGGAGUACCACAUUGUAAAUUGUAGAGAAUUAAAACAAAGAGAAGAAAUCCU